AAAACAUCAUUCAGUGUGAGCACAGAAUUCCAGAGCCAUAGGGCAGAAAAAAGAGAGUGAUCAAAUCUAGUAGGAGAAGACUGCUCAUUUAGUUUAUCCGAAGAAACAGACUUUUGCAACUGAAAAAAAUGCCUCCACCUCGUGUAAACAAGAAACCCAAGAAUGAAUCCACAACAAAUGACAACACGGGCACUCUUGACGACCCUUUGACAUUCUUGGAUCAGGACUACCAGGAGUUGAAGAAGAGCUGCAUCACCAAUCAAAAGAGAUUUGUUGAUGACAAGUUCCCUCCAGACAGCAGCUCCAUUGACCCAAAGAACAAACUUAAAUUGGACCUGGACCAAAUCGAGUGGUUGAGACCAUCAAAUAUAGUAUCAGACCCUCAGCUCAUUGUACAGGGUGCUUCUAGGUUUGACUAUUCCCAAGGAUCUUAUUUAGGAAACUGCUGGUUUCUUGCUUCAGUUGGGGCUUUAACAUUUCAGAAGGACAUCAUGGACCAGGUCAUGCCAGCUGACCAGUCAUUUGCUAAAGAUUAUGCAGGGAUAUUCCACUUCAGAUUCUGGCGAUUUGGUAAAUGGAUUGACGUUGUCAUUGAUGACAAACUGCCAACAAUCAAAGGAAAGCUAAUUUUUGUUCAUUCAAAAACAUCUAAUGAGUUUUGGCCUGCCUUACUGGAGAAAGCUUAUGCCAAGGUGUGCGGCUCCUAUGCUGACAUGCAUGCUGGUUGUGUAUCUGAGGCUCUGCUGGACUUCACCGGUGGCAUCCAUGUGUACUUCAAACUGAAACAAACUUCCACUGAUUUAUGGAGCCUGAUGGACCGUGCAGCCAAAGCAAAGGCCCUUAUGGGCUGCAGCACUUCUCGUGGGGAUACAUCUGCAAACACAGUAUUACCCAAUGGCAUCGUUCAAGGCCAUGCAUAUACAGUGACAGGGGUUUUCAAGUGCAAAUUCCUACAGCUGAGUUCCCCUCUUAUACAGUCAGAUUUGAUGUUCAUGGGCCUGGAGCGAUUUCUCCUGUUUUAG